AUGCAGGCACCGCUGCUGCUCCUCGUGGCACUCAGCACUACGCCGGCAGCGGCGUCGACUGCCGUCACCAUGCUAGACUGCAUCUGCGACAGGUUCUUCGACCGCGGAAUGAAAGUCAAAACGAAUGGAAUGCUCGACCCAUAUUGCCUCGGUGUUUACUCAAUCGUCGCUAGAACCAGAUCCUCGUGCCGUGGCGCCCUGUCGGAUGACGCCUUCAGAAGCUCGCUCGCGAUGCUUGCUCAGAUGGUUCCACGUCACAACAGCUCAUCACCACUGCCUUCCGAGGAGGGCGACAGAUGUCGUAUAGUAGAGGGGAUGCGUCGCAUGGAAGCCGACUCAGCCAAAGACUUACUGUGCCAAGUAGCUCCAGAGGUCCUGGACUCUGAACCAGACAAAUGGUUGGAGGAUGUGGAGUGGAGCAAGAAGCUCCUUCACAUGUCUCAUCAGCAGAGAAGACAUAUCUUGGACGAGCUAUUAGUUACUAAUGUGCAGCUCUCAAAAGCUAUAACGAGUAACAUGGAAUGCUAUUGGUGGAGCGGCAAUGCAUUAACCUAUAACAGUAGCUGGACUGAUUCUGGUGGCGACAAAGAUUCUACAGACGAAUGGACUUCGAGUAAGGAAGAUGCUGCUGCUUCAGAUAUUGAAGAUGCUAUUGGUGCUUGUAGUGAUAAUGAAGUUGAAGGAGUGGCAAGUGAUAGUACUAGCGAUGCAAAUGAUAGAUUUGACGAAAAGAGUGAAGCGAUUGUGUCUGCUGCAGGCAUUGUACAUGACAUUGAGGCCUCGUUUCGAAACGUCCUGCGGGUAUUAUCCAGCUCUUUGCACAAACACUUACAGCUGCUCUCACGUGCAAUGAAGAAUUUCCAUCGCAUUUACACUGCUCUGAUAUUGCAGCAGAAGGGCAAGAAUAUGUCUGAAUAUCAGUUGACAAGUUUACUUAAAUAUGUAGAAAAGCUGUGGAACCUAUUACAUGUGCGUACAAGCGGAUGGUUGGAAGAUUUUAAUGAUGUUAUUGAUGAACUAAGUAAUACCCUUCUGAAGAAAAGAGUACAGGAGACUACAUGGGAGUUUCCAAUCAGGUAUGCACUGACGUACGAUCGAUUACUGGACUAUCACGACAGGAGAACGACGUUUUGGGAAGAUUUUGCAGAGAAAUGCGAGAAAGUCAUUGGAGGAACGCCGGAGGUGCUGCAGCUGGCUGACGCAGUGCACACGUAUCUCGUUUACAAAUGGUUUCGGAAAACCCGUGUGUUCUUCGAAACUUGCUAUUACUUCGUUGGGAAAGAUCAUGAGUGGCAACUGGAAGACCUAAGUGACAGCCGCAUGUCGGUAGAUAGCAGCUGCGUCCAGUUCAUGGUGGACCUGCUGGACCGUCCUGUAUGUCCUCUGGAAGACACUUCAGAGCAAACUCUUCGGAAACGGGAGGCGUGCCACCUACAGCUAGGCAGAGAUCUUAUGUAUGGAUUGUCUUACAUCCCGGUAACCAGUUACUUGGCGUAUACGCAGAGGGUAAACAUCAACAUCUGUUUGCUCUCCUGGAUGGUCAUCAGUUCGAAGAGUGUGUGUGAGGACGUUCCCCACAGGAUGAUAAAAUCUGUGAGAGAAGCUCUCUGCAUCUUUCCACAUUCUGAAGGCAAGUCGUGUGCAGCAAACAAAUCCCUAGACAUCGUCUGUUCUGUCUCCAGAGCUGUUUUCUCCUUCAAGUGUAAGAAAUUCUUUAGUCAAACUGUUCACUCCACCUGCACGCUUCAGUACUCGUACGAAUGGAACAGGAUGGAACCGACGUUGGAUGUUUCCUCAGGAUUUUUACAUCAAUACUAUUCCGAGAGGAAAGUUACGCUGAUGGAAGUCUUAAGCAUCCCUACAAUGAAGUACAGAAAUUUUAAGAUUGAACAUCUCCAGUCUUUGGAAGUUUCACUGAUCUCCGUAAAUAUUUUUUUCAGAUGUGUGACUGCCGGUGUGUACUUAUACUUGCCAAAGUUGCGCAAUCUGCCUGGCAAAUUACUACUCUGUUUCCAGUUCACGGGAAUAAUGCAGAUCUUGUGUUCGGAAGUCGCGUACCGCAUGUUUGGCGUUCCAGACCUGGCGACCACUGUCCAGCUGGACAGCUCGCUCACACUGCUCAGCUGCAUCUGGCUGAACACGUUCUGCUACCUGGUGUUCACCGGCGUUCGCCACCUCAGGCUGCCGGACGAUCUCGACGCUUGUGAAGCCAGUCGCCUCUUCCGCAUCUACGUGACGUACGCGCUGUCCCUCUGGACUGUGGUCUCAUCCACCUUCGUCUCUCUCGAACGCGUGAGCGAACAGUACUUGUUCCACAGCCGGGCGCUACUGCUGACUGCCAUCUCAUUGUCAGUGGCUUGCAACUUGCUGCUAUUCCUCAUCGUAGCUUACACGUGCUUUCGUACGCGGCAGUCCAUGACGAAGUUGAGUGUUACCACCAGCAAAUUCGGCACGAGGAAGCAGAUGCUUCUGCUGUCGGUGAAGACUUUCCUCCUGAGCGGACUGGGAAUUGUGGCCCGCGUGGGUUUCCACCAGGCAGAAGGGGUGGCCCGUUACGUCUAUUGUGUGCACCUGGCCACCAUGCUGCAGGGUCCCGCCAUCUUCGUGCUCUUCGUCUGCAACGGAUCCGCGCUGCCCCAGCUCAGGCACCGCCUUCAGCGAUGGUGGAGCCCUGACGUCAUCAUACCAGGGGAGGAUCUGUGCUCUUCGGCGCGCAGAAAUGUGGGAAAGCUCAGAUUGAAGGUGGAACAGAACGUUUUGGAAACAGCAGUGUGACUCACAACGGUUUUAUUUUUCACGAUAAAGGAUGACAGCCAAAACAGUUGCAGGAUAAAAAUUUAUUAAAAUUCUUAACCAAGGUUUCGGUAUAUAUAAAUAUACCUUCAUGAGAAGUAAAAAAUCCUGAACAGGAAGACACUUUCAUGAGCAAAACCUUAGCAUCGCAAAUGAGAAACACUAAAGCUUAAGUAACAGUGAAAUUACCAAAGUAAUACAGGCACUAAAUCUUUUAGUUACUUACUAAAAUUACAUCAUGCAAUGGAGAUUAGUAAAACAAUUGUGCCAAAGGCGUCGUCAAUAAUUAAGACUUCUCCAUUUGUACAACAUGACUAUAAGCACAGGGUCAAUGCGAACAGUUUAGCACCAGUAUUUCGCCUGUGCACUAUCAAGACAAGAGUGUUUUUGUGUGUUCAGUGUAGUUGAACCCUAAAGGGAGCUCGUUUACUGUGUACAGGCCGGUCACACUUGGUCCACCAUAAUGCGUACUGUUCUGCUGUGAUUUUUGUUUACUACAUUACCUGGAAGUCAAACAAAGGGGUUCUAUGCAAUGAGGACAGAAGUCAAAAACGCACAUUUAAUUUAAAUGAAGCACAAUACAAUAAAAUGAUGUAUCACCACGAAAGACUACUGUA